GCACGGCCAUGUCGUCGAGUUCACUCGUCUAGUGUCUAGUCUCCGGUGCAAGUUCGCUCUGCGGUUCCUGCUUCCAGCGCGCUCGUUCUGUAACGAAUUUUUUCGUCCGGAUGUAUUAUAGCGAGUGUCGAUACAGAUUUUAAAAGCUGCGAUAAGGUGGCCGAUCAAAUUAACGAAGCUUUUAGCAACAACAUGGAGUUCACUAAACAAGUCGAGCAGCUAAAGGAGUUAGCUCAACAUUGCAUCAAAGAUCCAUCUCUUUUACAUGAUCCGAAAUUAUCCUCUAUCAAAAACCUGAUAGAACAUUACGGUGGCAAGAUACCAGAAGCUAAAGCCAAUGAUUCGGCAGAUGCCAAAAGUGAAUUUAAAAGCGACCCUGCAGAAUCGCAGCCUGAAUCUCAACCUGAGAGCGAGGAGAGUGAUUUGGAGCUGGAUAUGACUGGUGUAAUUGAGCCAGAUAAUGAUCCUCCUCAAAAAAUGGGAAAUCUAACUUUAAAACCCACAGAGGAGGAAAUUGCAGAGUCACAGGCAAAGAGAUCCGAAGCAGUCUCUGCAUUUAUGGAAAAAGAUUAUGAAAAAGCUGUACAACUUUACACAGAAGCUAUUGUAUUGAAUCCUCACGCGGCUGUGCUAUAUGCUAAACGAGGUCAGGUCUUUCUGCUAUUGAACAAGCCAAAUGCCUGUAUUCGUGACUGCGAUCAUGCUAUAGAAUUAAACCCGGACAGCGCAGUCGCGUACAAAUUCAGAGGAAGAGCUUAUCGUUUGCUUGGACAGUUCGAGAAAGCGGUGGUAGAUUUGAGACUAGCUUCCAAGCUUGAUUUCGAUGAGCAAUUGGACGAAUGGCUGCGCGAGAUUACGCCGAAUGCGCGAAAGAUAGAAGAGCACAAGAGAAAGAAGGAGCGACUGGUGCAGGAAAAAUUGGAGCGCGAGAAGCAGGAAAGAUUACGAAGAGCUAAAGCUCGCGAGGACAAUACGCGAACAUCUCAGACGGAUCCUGGAAAUUCAUCUCCUGGAGAUUUCUAUCAAUUCCUCAAAGAUCCUGACUUACUUCAAACUUUUCAGGAUCCGGAAGUGGCCGAGGCCUUCAAGGAGAUCUCCACAAAUCCGGCAAAUGUUCUCAAAUACCAGAAUAAUCCCAAGAUAAUGGCUCUUAUCAAUAGGAUGGCCUCGAAAUUUGGCGGCAUUGGUGGUAUGCCGGGCGGCAUGCCCGGUGGCAUGCCCGGUUUUCCCGGUGCCGGGGCGGGACAUCCCAAUCCCCCGAAACCGGCUCCUCAGGAUGAUGUUGGCCUCGAUUAAUCGCGAUCCCAUCGCUUCUAUCCUUAUGAUGAAUGCAUCUUGGUUAGUUGAUUCAUUAAAGGCUGAUUUGCGUUUAGCUAUCCUUUUUUAUGUUCUGUCGAAUUGCGCUAAAAAAGAUUUAUCUUGAAAAUAAUUGACAAUUUAAAAGAUCGAUUAUAUAAAUAUAAGAUUAAUCUUAGGAUUAAUUUUAGCAGUAUAAUAUUGAAGAUUUUUUGUGCAUUUUGUUUCAGUUACUGUUUUUAUUGUAGAUGAAAUCUCCAAUCCGGCUAUAUAUAUUCGCAGUUAUCUAAUUUAUAUUUCUUUUAUUUAAAUUAAUUAUUUUUUAUUGUUUUUUUUGCAAUUUCUUAAUAAUUAAUUAGAAAAUUACCUUUUUCUUAUGUUUAACAAAGAAUUUAUAUUAAAAUGUAAUUGCGCGUCGAGGAUGAAAUAUGAAACAAACGCCUUUAAUGGGUUAAGUACAAUUAUUAUUUGUUUAUAUCUUUCGCUCUGCAUACAGAAGGGUAUAUGUAUAUGUAAAGUCAGAUGUAUUACAAACAGCAAGUACAUCAGUGAUAUGUUUAUAUCUUCGAAAGAGCUUUUAUUGUGGAUCAAUAUAGUUUGUUAUACAUUAUAAAGCGCACUUCGCGCGUUUUCUAAGAAGACAAAUUUCGUCGUGUGUGUGCAUUGUAUUUCAUUACCUAAUGCCCCCAUUGAUCUUACUCUGUUAUAUCGUUAUUAAUAGCUUCUCAAGCAGGUAUGCUCUCGAAAUAGCGCCAAGUGUUUAUCCGACUCGCAAGAUCGACGUAACAAAUCUAAUUAUUCAAAAUUGGCUACAUAUAGUCGUUGACAUUUUAUUAUCAACGUUUAUCUUAUUUAAUAUCUAUAUGUUUCAGUGCCAUAUAUUAAGGUAUGUAUUUUAGUUAAUUUGAUAUUGUCGAGUUUCUUAAUUACGAUAACUCGAGAUAAAUAACCUCUCGUAAUGAUGGUUUGCAAAAUGAAAAAUUUAACGAAAUAGAAAUUAUAUUUAUUGCUAUUAUAUUAUCAAUAUCCUUGUAUCAUUCGCAACUUAAUGAAAAAACUAAAUCGGCACUGCCCUGCUAUUUUUUCGUCCAAGAGACAUAAUUAUACGUUAAUAAGAUAAAGCACUGGAUACGAAAAUAGAAUACCAUUUCGUACGCGAGAUGGAUAUAAACCGUCACGCGAUGAGUACUUAUAAGGUAUUCAAAUAAUGCGACCUAAUAUUCUACAAGAAAGCUCGGCGGCAGAACUCCAUUUAUCAGUAUCAUAUUUUAAAAAGGAUUCUACAGAUCGAGCUUUCACCGUAAAUCUUAUAUAAAAUACAAUGGUUGGUAGUUUUUUAAGUUCAUUAUUAUAAGUACAUUAUCAUAAUUAAUGAACAAAAUAUGAAAACAUAGUUAUCGUUUUUGUGGAUAAAUAAUCUUAAAAAUUAAUAAUCUUUAGGAUCUUGGAGAAAUGAUUACAGAGAACAUUAUUCGAUUAAUAAAUAUUGAUGGCGUAUUUACUAAACACAAUUAUUUAAACUAUUAACAGAUCGAGUAGAUAUUAAUCUUCUCUCUACACGCGAUGAGUUAUAUGUAUAUCUAUGUUGAUUGAUUGAUAUAAAAUUAUUUUGCGCAAUAUUUAACUCUGAUUAUGUACUAAUACGAUCUUAAUUAUUUGAAAUAAUGUGUAAAAAUGGCGAGGAAAUGGAAAAAAGGGGAACACUCUUAUUAAGAGAUUUUGUUUAGAUUAUAUCUCACAUACAUAGUUAUAUAUCUCCAGAUUAUUCCAAUAAACGGAGUUCUACCGAGGAUUCUGUUGCGUGUGUUAUCCUCUGUCAGAUCUAUAUAUAUAUAAAAUGUUUGCAAUAAAUAUAUACAAAAAUA